ACUCCUGGAUAUAAUUCACUAAACUAAAGGAUGAACUACCUGUGAUUAAUUUACACAUUUUUGUGUAAUACAUAUUGCGAUUUUUCUUAGUAUCUCUUGUGUAGACUAUGGUUAUAGAAUGUGAUUCUACAGGUCAACAAAUCGCCAUUGGUGUUAUAUAACAAAAUGUAUUAUAGUGGCAGUAUGAAUAUUCCAAUUGACCGUGGAAGCACGUAUGGUCACACAGUUGUUCCUAUGAUUAGACUAUACAAUCCUAGUAGGAUAGUAAGUCAGAAUCGGGGUAUAUAUGUUCCAAAGUACAAGUUCUGGAAUCCAUUAAAUCCGUCGGAUGUACUCAAAGCUGCAUAUGGAUACAGUGAUCCGUGGAGCAGACCUUCAUGUUUUACUCCACCGGUGACUGGACGGUGUCCAUUACCAGGUCGUACUAUUCCAACGGACAACCUUUUAAGGAGAUAUAUGGAUGAUAUGAACAGAUGGGUAUUUGGAGAUGAUUAUGUAUCGCCUUUUUCUAGGUAUCAUGAUGAUUCUUUUAAUAGUAUCAUGGACGUUGGAAGGUCGGUUCUCAAUAACACCUGGGAUAUGAUGGAGCCAUUCCACAAAAUGUGGAUGUAUCCUAGAUAUCCCGAUCACAGCAAUCCAGACAUCUCUGUAGACCUGCAGAACUAUCGUAUAUCUAGGGAACGGGGCUCAUUUGGGAAGCCUAGAGUAUGCCCAUUAAGGGAUCCGCUGUUAUAUAACAGUGGCACAUAUAGCAAUCCCAGGGAACAAUCGGACAUGAAUAUAAUCCGGAAAGAGGACGACCGAAGCUACAAGUUAUCAUUCACUAUACCUAAUGUAAAUGCUAAAAACAUAAAGAUAAAGAUUCGCGACGGUCUUUUGACAGUUUCUGGUCAUGCAGAACGGGUAAAACGCGGCGAUCAUGAAUCCGAAAUGCGUUAUUCCGAGAGCUUCCAGCACUCCGUUAGCUUACCGCGGGAUGCCAUGGAACUCGAUGCGAAAGCGAGGUUGCGCAACGACACAUUAACCAUUGAAAUACCGAAAAGACAUUAGUAAACAAAUA